CUGAACACACGGUCCGUCACAGUAAAUCUUCCGGGUUUUUUUUUUUAGACUUCAUGCAGCCGGAAAUCUGCGAAAUAAAAUCCUCAAACAAACAAUCCUGUGUUGUUUCUUCAGAUCGAUGUUUAAAGAAGAUGAUCAGCUGACCGAGGAGAGAUAAAGAUCUGAUCUCAGAAUGCAGCUUUCAUCUUUACUUGAUGAACUUCAUCUCUCCUCCUCAAAGAAGCCCCUCCCCUCUCCCACUCUUCCUCCAAUCACAGAGCUCCUGACUCGGCUGCAGGAGAAGCUGAUUGGUGCAUCAUCAGACUCUGAAAAUAACACGUUGAUUGGUCGGGUUGAGCGUCUCUUCCAGAUCGCUGACCCUGAUUGGCUGUUCCCCGAAGCCUCACAGGCCAAUCAGGAUGCUCAGCGUGAGGAUGCUCAGCGUGAGGAUCUUCAGGCGGCGUACAGCUCUCUUGUCUGCGCUCUGAUUGGCUGUGCCGCUCUGCCGCUCUGUGAAGACGACUGCAGCUCUCUGCCGGCCUCAGCCUAUCGGAGCAUCCCGUGCAGAGCAGAACCGGUAUGCGCCGCCCUCUCCGCGUUUCUGGGUACUCUGGGAAAUACCGGAGGUCUGGAUGUUCUGCUGCUGGCUGUAGCUCCGUCCAUCUGUGUGUUUGCUGUCACACAUUUCCAGGAUCAGGCGUGGACCAGCUCCUCCUCCCGAAAGGCGGCUCAGAGACUGCAGGAGGCGCUGCUGAGGGCAGGUCGCUGGAGGGACUCCCCCCACCUCCUGAUGGGGGACGUGAGUCAGGGUGAGGAGGAAGGGGAGAAGAAGAAGAAGAGCAGAGGAAUAGUGGGAGGAAUCCUGGACGUCCUGCAGCCUCAGCUGGCCAAGGACUCGUGGCAUCGCUGUGAAGCAGUGAAACUGGUGUUUGCAUGGACUCUCCUGCAGGUGACUCGACCCGCUCUCUCCCCUCACCUGCCCCGCCUCCUCCCACCCUCCCUCCUCUUCAACGACCACUUCAGACAAGAGAACUGCAUUCUGGGAGUUCGCUGUCUGCACCAUGUCGUGCUCAACACGCCGGCUGCAGAUCUCCGUCAGUUCAACAGAGCAGAAGUUAUCUACCAGGCUUUGUUCAAACACCUGUACACCACGGAGGCUGAUGUCAUACAGCCCGCCCUGUCGUGUUUGUCGGACCUGUUGUUGGUUUUGGAGAAGCCCCCCUCCUCUCUCGCCCCGUCAUUGUCCCCCAGAAAGCCCUGUCGCCAUGACGACGUGCUGCGCCUGGUCCUGACCCACAUGGAAGCAGAGCACAAAGUGGCCCUAAGACGCGUCUACGCCUCUGCUCUGCCUCCGUUCAUAGACAGGAUGGGCAUGGCGGUUUGCAGACACCUGAAGCGGCUAGAGCGGGUGGUGCUGGGAUACCUGGAGGUCAGAGAUCCACCUGAAGAGACGAGUCGACUGAAGAUCCUGGAGGCGCUGCAGAAAACCAUCAGAACAGCCUGGCCACGGAUUGCGGGCCGUGUCACCUUGCUGCUGCGUUGCCUGUUGAAGUUGCUGCUCGAUGUUUCUUCAGACUCUCAGCUCAGUGAUUCAGUUCGUCAGGAGCUGAUGAAUCAAACGACUCGUUGUAUCAAACAGCUGGACGGUGUCUCCCAGGGAAACCUACAGCCUCUCCUCCUGCAGGUCGACAGCAGCUGCUGCAGCUCCGACGUCCUCAGUUACCUCACAAAAAUAACUACAACAACAGACAGGUGAUGAGGCACACCUGGAACAGACGCAGAGAGGACAGAGCAGCUGUUUCCUGACAGACAGAUCGAUGGGCGCACGAGCAGAGGACCAAUGUUUGCCUCCGGGAUUUAGGAGAGCAGAGACAAAAAACAAAGACCAAGAUGCAGUUAAAAACAGUUUAAUUAAAAGAUAAAUAUCAUCGUCCUUCAUUUGGCUUCAAAGAUAAAAAAAAUAUGGCUACAAUAAACGUUCAUGAAGGUGCGUUGAGCGUUAUAUUUGUAAGUGCUUCGUGUUCAGCUCAGUGUUGUUUCUUCACAGACGGUGCGUUCAAACACCUCAGAAAUAUUCAGUCACAGUGAUGAAUGUCUUUGGCUUCAUGUCACAAAAGUCAUGCUGAUGCUGCGCAGGACUUAAUGUUGUUAAAAGUAUAUAUUUUUUUUUUUAAUCGGACCCUGCUGUCAUGUCAGUGUUCAUAAUGUUAGAGGUAUAAGAUGCAGGAUUUUGAACAUUAAUAUAGCAGAUAGUCUGUCUACAAACCCCCCAGCGAUGAGAAAAGUCCAUCCUCUCCGUCUUUUGCCUGCUUCACUUUUCAGAAAAUGUGUGCUCAAACAGGCUGUUUGCAGAUUUUCCCUUCAUGACAUCACAAAGGGCAGUAGCCCCUCCCCCAGGUGGGUGACACUCCCACAGCUAGGUGUUUGUUCUGCCCUCUGAGUCUGCCUUCUCACCGUAAACAAUAGGACAUGGAGCGAUAAAGCCCGAGUACACCUGAGCCUCUUCCAGAGAGGGGGGUGUGGUCAGACACAGCUCAUUUACAUUUAAAGGUACAGACACAGAAACAGCCUGUUCUGAGCAGGGCUGAAAUAGAGGGGUUUAUAGACAUGAUCAAAUACAGGAUCAGAGUGGAUUUAGAACAAGAAACUUCACACACAUGUUUUGAGGAGCUCUGAGACUUAUUUAAACUGGUUGAAGAGGAGGAGGAUAUGUGACCUUUAAAGGGGGAUUCUGGUACAUAUUUUGGAAUAGCUUUCAGAGAUUGCAUCAGUUGGAAAAAGCAAAACAGGCUGUAAUGGCUGCAGUGUAAUCAUUGGAGACAAAUGGCAUCCAAUCAGUGUACUACAAGUUCACUUAAAGUUAUUCUUUUUGCCACUGACAGGCUCAGGUUGUUAUUUUAAGUGGCUGACAACGUAACAGAAGAGAUCCCUACAGGGACAGGCUUUUUGUGGUCGCUCUCUUAAAAGACUCCAUUGACAGUUAUUUAAUUUUGCAGAACGGCAAACUAACUGUUCAACUGCUGCCUUAAUCGAAGACUUUGUCUUUUGUUUUUCUUUGGUGUUUUGAUUGUCCGUUUGGAUAUAACACAAAUACACAAAAUAUUUAACCAAUUAAGGCAGCAAUAGAACGCAACGACCAUGGCCGACACGGUAAAAUGACUGUUUCUGUGAAUGGAGUCUGGUGUGUUUGGAUAGAGAGCGGUGUAACAGCUAUUUCUGAUUCUGGUUAUGUUAUACGUGUUAUUUGGUUCUCUGGUAUAUAGAAGUUAACUUUACCCUGUAAAGACACGGCACAGUCUCUGUGACAUUAGUGUGUGUGUGUUACGGAGUGUGUGUGAGCAGAGAGUCCAGCUGGUCCAGUUUGUGCUUCAGUCCCAGUAAACUCUCCUCCGUCUCCAGUCGCUUCACCUUCAGGUUCUCCUGCUGAUUCCACAAACUGCAGCGCAGACGAGCCUCAACAACAAACGACACGGGCAGGUUUAACUCAUGACAAUGAUCUCUACACCUCCACAAACACAUCGAGGUUAAUCCUCUCAUUCUGUUUCCUGCUGAGCAAAUCAUUCUGGAUAGAUAUCACACAGGUGGAGCACAUGUUACCAUUAGCUUGGAUUAGCUUAGCACAAAGACUGGAAGCAUGGGGAGACACUGCUAGUAAAUGGUGAUAAGAUCAACUUUGGAAAAGUCGUUGAUCAGAAAAGACAUUUCUUUAAUGAAGAUAAACUAUCAUUCUCUGGUUUCUGCCUCCACACUGAAUUAUUUUAUGAUUGUUUAAAAACUUGUUUCUUGUUCAAGUUUAUAAUAAAAUCUUGUUUACUUUCAGUCGA